AUGUACUCGGGCGGACGCACUCCAAGUCUCCACGGCCAGCGUCCGCCUUAUUCCCUCUUCUUUCCUUUUCUACUUGCUCUCACAAUCUCCGCCCGUACGGCUAAGGGGGACACGCAAUCCGAAAAGUCGCCGAAAACGCUAGAUCCCACGUCCGGGGAAUCCUCCAAUCGUACCAAGACGGAGGUGGAUACCUACAAACAACCCUGCACUUUCUACUGUUACCUAACUGCUGGUAAUCGGGAUGAGGUCAACUGUACUGGCAUUCCUGCAGCGCCAACGGUGAAUGAAUCCGCCAGCAUUCCCUGCUAUCUUGACACAGUAGAGAGGCAAAUUGUAAUUGGGAAUAAGUCGAGCGUUCGCCGAAUCACCCCCGGUGGUCUGAGAGUGCUGGCAAGUCCACACGCUGUCUACCUGCAUUCCAGUAAAAAUCGGCUGAACUUGUACUUGCGACUAAAUAUUUUGGAAAUGAACGCCACCGCUCUGGAGGGACUGGAGGAGGUACUCCGGCAAAUACAAAUCUAUAAUCUACACGACCUGCAUCCGGACACUUUCACACAUCACACGCGCCUUAGUGCAAUCUCCUUUGAUACUGCAACGCCUCCUGAAUUUCCACGCACGCUCGCAGCGAAAUUACCAGAGAAUGACUCCAGCCUUCCCAUACGACCUUUCUUCCGUCUCUUCCCUGAGGACGCAAGUACACCGUUUGCCUUCAACAUGGAUGUCAGAUGUCACCGCUGCGGGAAUGACUCAGAGGUCGGCAGUGGCGAAGAUACGGAGGAGGAGGACUUAAUUAUCAUCACCUUCUCCCGGGAGAAGAGACCGAGUACUCCUACCCCUCCCUUGAAUGUAUUGGACUCUCUGUCACUGAUUUACCUCGACAGCUGCCCACGCUUCGAGGGCGGACUGGGUUGUCCCCUGAGGCUAGGCGCAGACAGCCUCAACACAACGCCCCCCGGGGUUGCCCUGUUGCCGUAUGUCGUCAGUGAGUUGGCGCCCACGGGUUGGUCUGAUGACAAGGUUCCGGCUAACGGCGCGGAGACGGGGGACGCAGAGAAUUUGGCCGCGGCCGCCGUCGCCGCUCACAGCAGCGCUCUGACUACAUUCCUUGUCGUCUGGUGUUCCCUAAUCACCAUCGUCCUGCUCUGUGUCUGUGUGGUCCUAUUCAUUCGCCGGCGCCGCCUCUUCUCUCCAAAGUCCCGGAAGAGCUACACCCUGCGAACACCCGCUGUAAGCACCAAGAGGAUCAUCAACUACUCGGGCUCCUGUGAGGAGCUGACCUGUCGACAAGCUGCCGCUGCACGAGCCCCUGGUUUUAGCAGCAACUCGGCCUACCAGACGCCAUCUCUGCGCUCCUCCAAUGUCCUGCUUAACCACCAGUCCGCCGCACUUCGAAGGCCAUCGCGCAGCAGUUAUGCCGCCGGAGAUGGGGAUGUUGUCGCCAGCCAGCAUUCCAACGGCCACAGUGCUGGUCCGGAAGACGCUGCUGCUGCCAUCCUUUCGCCACCGCUGCGCGGACCCAGUUCACUGCGGGGCAGCCGCAACCUGGGCCAGCGCUUCUCUGCCGCUGAAUAUGAUGAUGAGGGGACGUUGACGGGAACAAGGGACGCCGCGAAAGGGUACUGGGGCAUCUCACAGGGACCGCUGCAGGCCAACGGUGACACCAGGGUCCUGUACUUUGCGGGCGCCGAGUCCACAGUCUCGGACAGUUUGCCACCGCGCUCAUCAUCCGUGCUGAGAUCCGCGGCCACCACCAAUGUUGUCCCCACUUACAAGCGCUCGGAAGAUGGCAUUUUUCAGAUGACCUAG